ACCUAACCUUACCAAACCAAAUGUCAAACAUCAAAAUAUAAACAAAUAAAUGCGCACAUGUUUUAAAAACUUAGGUUUAAAAUUUAAAACCCAGAUAUAGUGUUUGUUAUAAUGUCAGAUUCUUCAGAGGACGAAGACCUCUCGCGAUUUCGGGAAGCAGUAGACACUUCUUUUACGAAAUUAAUCAAUGACUCUCGAAAUAAAACUUCAACAACACACACGGACACAGUUAAACCAAAGUCUGAAAGAUAUUUAGAGGAAGCAAGCCACUACAAUGACGUGAAGGUUCCCGAGGAACUGCAGAAACGGAUUGGGGCUAAAGUGUCGGAUUUGAUAAGGAAAAAUAUUAAAUUUGUUGAUGCAGAACCUAUUGCUCUCAAAAAUCGCAAAAUAAAAGGAGGAGUGAAGCUAUUUAGAGAUUCAGAAAGUUAUUUAAGCGCUGAAGAUCCGAAGGAUACAUACACGGCUGUCCACAAUGCCGAGUAUAGGAAAAAUAAGAAGAAACGGAAGAUUGAGGAAGAUGAUAAAAAUGAAAAUGACAAAAUUAAAGCAGUUGCUCUGGAUGGCGCGUAUAUAAUAUCCAAAGAAGCAACAAAGCAUUGGAAAUCGAGGCGGAAAGAGAAAGUUUUUAAAUACAAAGAAAAUGGUAAUGUUUUGACGGCAGUAGAAUAAACGAGUAUAUUGAAAAUAUAUAACUUUUCUUCUUUGAGACAAUAUAGGGAAUCUAGAAUUGUGUAGAAACCAAACGCUUGCUUUUCCAUGGUUAUAAUAGGCGAUUAAGGAAAUAAUUGAACCGCUAUUUUCUCGUGGUUGUCAUAUCCAUAGAAUUGGGAAUCAAAUAAGAUUAAGUAGAUACUUAUGUACCUUUAUUUUUUUAAAUUAUUUCUUUGGUCAUACUGGUAUGACAAUAAGGAUAAUUAAAUAUGUAUUCCCAUAAUGGAUAGAAGGGCGUAAGCAGACUAAAACUAAAAUAAAAACUAACGUAAUAAAUGUUACACGUUUUAUUUACACUACUAACUAAAUUAACAAUUAAAUAUUUACAAAACAACAGUAUCACAUCAAUAACUGCAUAAUCGUUAAACUACAAUCAUUUUACAAAUGGCGUCUUUAAUAAUCAUCAAUUUAUUCUUCGAUACUGUAUAACCUUUAUUGGUCAUAAUAGUCCAGUC